GCCAGACACCUUUAGGACUGACUGCCGCACUCAAUGAGGCUGAGGCAGCAGAAGGCCAGGUCCAUGGACUCCCACCAAAUGCUGCUGGCUACCGCAUAUCUGCUGGGAAUACUGGUUGCUCUGUGCCUUGGACAGUCCCGAUGGGAUGGCUCAGAUCUCCAGAUGACACUAAGUGGUACCAACUCCAAGUGCCAGGGUAAACUGGAAGUCCAGAUGGGAGGCCUGAGGAGGACUGUGUGCAGUUCCAGCUGGAGCCAGAGCCAGAAGCACUGGAUAAACGCCCACGAGACCUACAAAGUGUGCCAGAAGCUGGGGUGUGGUUAUCCCUUGACCAUCGGCCACUUCCCUUCAUUGGACAGACCCCAAAACCAGAUCAUCUGUCGUGAACCCCUGUGGUCUUUCUCCAACUGCAACACAAGUUCACCAGUCGGGUGCCCUCCGCUGAGCCUGAUCUGCCAAGAGCCCCAGAGGACAACACCUCCACCCACCACCACCCCACCCACCACCACACCAGAGCCCACAGCUCCUCCCAGACUGCGGCUGGUGCCAGGACCCAGGGGCCUGACAUGCUCAGGUGUGGUGGAAUUCUACAAUGGCAGCAGAGGUGGCACCAUCCUCUACAAGGCCAAGGACAGGCCCCUGGGCCUGGGGAACCUCAUCUGUAAUGCUCUGCAGUGCGGCUCUUUCUUGACACAUCUGUUGGGGCCAGAGGCAGCAGGGACACCAGCUCCUGAAGAGCUGAAGGACCCCAAGCCUUUGCCAGUUGGAUGGGAGGUGCAGAAUGGGGACUGUGCCUCGAUGCAUCAGUGCUUCCAGAAAACGAGGCCCCAGGAGGGUGCCCAGGCACUAUCGGUUGUCUGCUCCGAUUUCCAGCCCAAGGUUCAGAGCCGCCUGGUGGGGGGCAGCAGCUUGUGUGAGGGCUUCGCUGAAGUGCGCCACGGAUCACAAUGGGCCACCCUGUGUGACAGUUCUGUGGCCAGAGGUCAGGCACGGUGGGAUGAGCUGUGUCAAGAGCAGCAGUGUGGCAACCUCAUCUCCUUCCACGCGCUGGAUGCUGACAGGACCUCCACCGGGCUUGUCUGUACCCAGGAGAAGCUGUCUCGGUGUUACCAGCUUCAGAAAAAAAACAACUGCAAGAGAGUGUUCAUCACAUGCCAAAACCCAAACCCAGCAGGCCUGGCCCCAGGCACUGUGGCAAGUAUCAUCCUGACUCUUGUACUCCUUGUGGUGCUGUUGGUAAUGUGCGGGCCUCUGAUCUACAAGAAGCUGGUAAAGAAAUUCCGUCAGAAGAAGCAGCGUCAGUGGAUUGGUCCCACAGGAGUGAACCAAAGCAUGUCUUUCCAUCGCAGCCACACGGCAACUGUACGGUCCCAGGUUGAGAACCCAGCGGCUUCUCAUGUGGACAACGAAUAUAGCCAGCCUCCCAGGAACUCCCACCUGUCCGCUUAUCCAGCUCUGGAAGGGGCCCUACACCGGUCUUCCACCCAGCCUGACAACUCCUCUGAUAGUGACUAUGACCUGCAAGUGGCUCAGAGACUGUAAACGAACUUGGAACCAGCAACAAAAGGCCAAGUAGCGCCCUCUGUCCUGAGGAAGCAUUUACCACUUGGAGUGCCAUCCCUAUUCCCUCCUCAGCCAGAACUCAGCCAGAGGCCAAGGUCCUUUGCAAAAGAUCCUGGGCACUGCAGUGGCAGGCCAGCUCCUAUAUCCCCUAGGGCCAUGACAGCUUGGCUGCCUCCUCCAAAAGCCAACACUCAACAGCACCUAGACCUACCAACCCUUCCAAGCAGAGACUGCAGUAUCCAGGGGGUCCCCACCCUUUGAGGAGCAGUGACUGGCAGGGUCGGCGUUCUCCUUGGACUCUGAUGCCACAAAGGAAUGAUGAGGCCGUGCACAACCUCGAUGGAGUUUAUUUCUCAAGUGUAUUUUUAAUAUAUUUUUUGUAAAUAGUG